AUGGAUCUCCUGGACCGCUGGGGCUCGACUUCUCCCGUGUUCAUUGGGGCGCUUCUCUUGGUGGUAUUGACAUUGGGCUUGGUAGUCCAUGGUGGCCUGUCCUCGCCAUUGGCGAAGAUACCCGCCGGCCAUGUCACCGCCCAUUUCUCUUACUUGUGGAUCCUCUGCAUUCGGUGGCAGGAUCGGGAGCACCCGACACUCCUCAGACUGCACCGCAAAUAUGGGCCCAUCCUCCGCUUGGGCCCAAACGAGAUCAGCGUCAAUUCGAGGGAAGGUUUGCACAAGAUCUACACGCGAGGGUUUCCCAUCGAUCCAUCUUACGUGCGGCGAUACUCUUUCUACCGAACUCCCAACCUAUUCUCGACGACGAGCAGUACCGACCACUCCCAGCGGAGGCGAGGUGUGCAAAGGGUCUUCGCGAAACAAACCGUCGUGGACUGCCCGUCCCGACGGGAGACGAUGAGGAUCCUGCUCGGCAGACGCCUCCUGCCCCUCUUGGACAAGGACUAUCCUUUGGACGUGUGCGCGGUGAGUGAGGCCUUUUGCAUGGAUGCGUUCACCUCGUACCAGUUCGGGCUCUCAUCCGGCACGAACUUCCUCAGUGACCUGGCGGCCUGGGCGAGAUACCUGGACCAAUUCUUCUGCAGCCGGCGGCGCUAUCUCUUCCUAGAGAACGAGGUGCCCGCCCUGCUGCCGCUCCUAGCCCGACUCGGCAUUGGCUUUCCCACCAGGCAAAUCAAUGCAGCGACGGCGGAGCUGGAGCGCUGGAACCUCAGAAUGUGCGACCAGGCUGAGUUAUUGCUGUCAGGCCAGGACGACGUGGAUGCCGUCAACCAGCCCAUCGUAUACCGCCAGCAACGAGAGGCGACGCGGCCGGGGCUUCCGGGGAACACCCGGCAAUUCGAGGUCGCGAGCAACAUGCUAGACUACACCAUCGCCGUGCACGAAGACAGCGGUGCCAUCUUGACUGAAUGCCACCGCCGAUUGGCGGAAGACCCGGCGCUGCAGGUCCUCCUCCACCGAGAACUAAUGACACUCAAUCCACCGGUCGUGUACUCGGCGGGGUUGGACCAACUCGAGUUGCCCUCCUUCGAUCAGGUCGACGCUCUCUCAUUGUUGGACGCCCUCAUUGUGGAGACCCUUCGUCUGCGCGUACCGCCACCCCACGUCCGUCUGCAGCCACGUCUCACCCCUUCCCCGUCGUGUACACUGAGCGGCCACCCUCUCCCACCCGGGGUCCACGUACAAUGUGACCCGUACGUAUUUCACCGGGACCUGGAGGUGUACCCCGAGCCCGAGGCAUGGAAACCAGACCGGUGGCGGGAACCCGACCCCGAGAAGUUGAAAAGGAUGAGGGCUUCCUUUUGGCCAUUCGGGCGAGGGGAGAGAGUGUGCAUCGGCCAGCACGUCGCGAUCCAUUUCAUAAAGCUGGCUCUUGCCGCCAUCUACACAAACUACCGGAGCGUCGUUUCCAACGCCCACGGUUACUCUGGCACAGCUUCGACAUUUCCAGGAAAGCGUACACCGCCGGUCUCUUUCGUUCGCUGGGAUGCGGGCGAGGCCCUUACCCACGUCAUCGCGUCCUGA